CAUGCCACAAUGGUGUACACAUUCUAAGAAGAUACAAGAGAAAAUAAUUAGAUACUCUAGUGAGCGGAGAUCAAAUGUAGCAUUCUAAGAAGGAAGAACCAACAAGAAACCAAAACGAAAGUUGUGUGACUCCCAACAAGUUCAACUAUUUCACUUCUCAACAAAGAAAAACCCUAGCCAUCUACCUCAGGAGCUUCCCUCUUCGUCUCCAACCCCUGUUCGCUCUCACCAAUCACAACAGAAAUGGCUGCCACAGCACCAGCAGAAGCUGGGUCCCAAUGGCCAUUCAGCUGUGACCUAGAAGUUGAUUUUGGACAUGAACAAAAUGCUGCUAUCGUAUGCGCAGCCUUAGCUGUUGAUAAGGAGUUGCAACCAGACAAGGUGAAACGACUCAUGGCAGUGUCUCAUGGAAAGCUUUCAGUGCACUUUGAGGCAACGGAAGCAAGAUUUCUUCGGGCAUCUUUUAGUGCUUUUGUAGAUGUCCUUACACUGGCCACAAAAACGAUUGAAGAAUUUGGUCAAGGAAUGGAAUUGUGACAUUUACUUUUCUUAUUCUUAAAGAAUGUAUUGCUACUCCAACCAUUAUAUAUAAUCCUAUUAGGUUUCUCAUAGUGUCUGCAUUUUUCACUUUCAUAUACUUUUAUAGGAUUCUGUUCCAAGAUUGUGUAACCAAGUUUUACUCAUUCAUGUGGCAAAAUUGAUAUUCUGCCACCAACAAAUUUAUGACUUCCAUCCAACUUGUAAAAAGAGGAAUGUUGCUUAUUGCUUUAAAUGGCAUUUAGGAAGAAAAUGGAAGUAGCUUUUUGGAUAAUUGGCAUGAACAAUAUUAUUUGAUAAGGAAAAAUAGAUACCAAAAUCAAGUAGAUUAGAAAAAUUUUUUGAUA